AUGGCCUGCUCAAGCGCAAGACCCUGCUGUGUGAUCAUGAACUCUUACCACACACGCCUCCUGCUGACUGUUCUGCUCGGUUUCGCAUUGUUCGGGGCGCGCAGAACCUGUUUCAGUGCUCCAUCCUCACGUAAGCAGCGACCACUCAGCGUGGUUCGAGAGACGACUGGGAUGACCAUUCACCAGCCGCUUCCCGGUGAGUCUAGGACCGAGAACAUGUCGGUUGCGGAAGCGCAUCUUUGUAGCCACAUUGCUGAAGCCGGCAGGCGAGGUGACUGGCUGAGCGCGGUGCGGCUUUGGAACAAGUACUCCGGUUCUGCAAUCCCAGUUAUCACUGCAGCUUUGCAUGCAGCUUUCCGUUGCGGCCGAUAUAGGGAAGCGCAUCGCAUUUACGAUAGGCUGACGCAGUUGCACAUCGAGGUGAAGCCACUAACCCUGAUGGUUGCGAUGAAGAUAUUCGGAAAGCUGAACAACGCAGAAAAAGUUGCGGAAAUUUGGGCAGAAAUUGAGGACAAAGGCUGGGUGGACAAGCUUUCAUAUGGUGCACGAAUCGAUGCCGCGGCAUAUUUGGGUGACAUGGAGGGAGCAGCUCAAGUCCUAGACACUAUGCACUCCCUCAAUCUGACUGUCAGUGUGUAUUCUUACAACUCCGCAAUCUAUGCAUGCGCCUCUUCAAGCCCUCCCAGUCAUGCAGCUGCCAUGUUCUUGUUCCAGACACUGGUUGACAGCGGCAUGCAGCCAACAGUCGUCACCUGCACCAACCUUGCACGCGCACACAUGAAUGCAGUCAUCCCCAAGCUUCGGCGUGUUCGAUCCAUCGUGAACGAGUAUGGCAUCAAGUGUGAUCCAAUCUUUGUCGAGACUUAUUUGGCCGCGGUAUUCUACGGCCGGAUCGCCCGCAAUGCUUUCACUGCGAAGGAUGCGGAAAAAGUGUUUGUGGGGCUGCCGGACCUUCACGAAAGAGAGGGGAAGCGAAAAUUGCUUUGA